AUGGAGAACUCCAAGAAUUUCCGAAUCGACGCGCUGCUGGCCGUGGAUCCUCCCAAGGCAGCGGCCUCGACGGUUCAGACGUCGCCUCUGGCGCUGGUCACGUCGCUGUCGGGCCGCUCCAGCAGCUCCAGCGCCAGCUCCAGCUCCAGCUGCAGCCCUCCCUCGUCGGCGGAACCUCCGCCCUCGUCCGCGGAGUGCCUGCGCAACGACAGCCCGUCGCCGCCUCGGCUCCUGGCCGCGCACUGCGGGCUGGUGCCCAAGCCGGGCUUCCUGGGCGGCGGGGGAGGCGCCGCGGGGGGCCCCCACCCGCACGCGCACCCACACGCGCACCCGCACGCGCACCCACACGCCGCCCUGGGGCUGCAUCCGCAAGGCGGUGCCGGCCUCCACCCGCAAGCCGCCCUCUACGGCCACCCCAUGUACGGCUACCCGGCAGCGGCGGCCGCGUUGGCUUCGCAGCACCCGGCGCUCUCCUACUCAUACUCGCAGGUGCAGCCGUCGCACCCGGCCGCCGACCCCAUCAAGCUGAGCGCCGGCACUUUCCAGCUGGACCAGUGGCUGCGGGCCUCCACCGCCGGCAUGAUCCUGCCCAAGAUGCCUGACUUCAACUCCCAAGCACAGUCCAACCUGCUGGGCAAGUGCCGGCGGCCCCGCACGGCCUUCACCAGCCAGCAGCUGCUGGAACUGGAGCAUCAGUUCAAGCUGAACAAGUACCUGUCCCGACCGAAGCGCUUCGAGGUGGCCACGUCUCUCAUGCUCACCGAGACGCAGGUGAAGAUCUGGUUCCAGAACCGGCGUAUGAAGUGGAAACGGAGCAAGAAGGCCAAGGAGCAGGCGGCUCAGGAGGCGGAGAAGCAGAAAGGAGGAAGUGUUGGGGAGGACAAAGUGGGGGAUGAGGUGCUGCCUGCUGGGGCCCCAGAGAAAAACAAUGGAGGGCGCCGCUUGCAAGAACUCAGGGACAGUGACCGGGAGGAAGAUGACGAUGAGGAAGAGGACGACGAAGAAGAGGAGGAGGAGGAGGAAGAUCGGCCCGGACACUGCUGCCCCUAUGGGUCUCCCGAUUGCUCUGAUGGGGAUGAGGAUGGGAGGCAGCCCCAUGGACGGCAUGGGGGAGCCCACCCACAAUUGCCUCCCACCUCGGCUCCCUGA